AUGGACGACGCAGAGAGGGACGAUAUUCAGGACGCCCUCGAUGAGGAGGAGGGUCGUGAGGGUGGCAUCGGGAAGGGGGGGGGUGACAGACGAGGCAGACGAGGCAGUCGGACAGCCUGACCUGCCAGGGGAGGAGGUGGUGAUGACGUCGAGAGGCGUCGGUCAAGCGGGUCCCGCUCCUAGGGCGUCGCGACCUGAGUUGGAGCGCGCGAGGAGGGAGAAGAGGGGAGUGGGGGAGGCAGACGUCGAGGUGCGAAACACGGGCGGGGAGAAGAGGGCUUGGCAGACGACGAUUGAGGAGAUGUACGACAAGGAGAAGUUGGCCGAGUUCACAGACGUGUGGCUGCAGUGGAUCUACGCGAAGGGGUUGCCAUUCAACGCCUUCCGUGGUCCGGAGUUCCAGAGGGUGCGGCACGCGGCAGAGAGAGUGCCUCGCACUAUCCAGUUCCGGUUUUCCUCCUAUAGGGUUACAGCGGGCGCCAGGAUCCCUUCGCAGAGGGCGAAGGUGGCGACGAUGGUGAGCGAGGUGCACGCUGCUUUCCGGCACACCGGUGCCACCAUCCUCUCCGACGGGAGGAAGUCGCGCAGCGGCAAGCCGCUCGUGAACUUCCUCACCGGGGGCGCCAAUGGCGCCCUGCUAUACGCCACCGUCGCACGUGACGGGUCCGUCCGAGAUACAACGGACAUCGUGUACCGUAGGUGGCGGGCCAUCAUCUUGUCCUUUCCUGCAAAGGACGUGAUCGGCUUCUGCACAGACUCCGCCAGUAACUAUACGGCGGCAGCACGCGGAUUCGCCACGGACCCCGAGCCCGACAUUAGGAGGAUCACUUGGCUCCCCUGCUCCACCCAUGUCUGCAACUUGAUGUUGUCAGAUAUCGGGACGCGAGUGGGGUGGGUCAAGGACACCAUCAUCCGUGCUCGAGCGCUUGUGCGAUUUAUUAAAUCGCACGGCGCUGAGCCCUCGCGUUCAACUUGUCGAGCCCGUCGAGACACGGUUCGCAUCGGUUUUCCUGAUGCUGACGUGUCUCAAAGGUCGACGAGGGGGGACCGCGAGACCGAGCGUUGUGCGGCGUGGUGGUUUGACCAUGGACGUGCCCACCCGGAGUUGCGCACCAUCGCCAUCCGUGUCAUGCACUUGUGGACGUCUGCCUCUCCAGCGGAGAGGAACUGGGCGGCACACGAGCGCAUCAACACGGCGAGGCGCGUCAAGCUUGGGUUUGCCAAGCUUGCACAGCUGGUUGAGAUUGCCACCAAUCUCAAACUGGCCUUGUGCGCACGGCAGGGUGGUGGGUAUGUGUUGCCAUGGGUUAUGGGGACUGGUCGGGAGGGGAUGGCUGUAGAGGACGAGGAUGAGGAGGGAGACGUGGAGCCCGAGGUGUGGGGAGCGCGACCUGCUGACAGUGUUCCCGAGCAGGACAUCCAGCGGCAGAUUGUCGCUUUCCAUGACAGCCGACCGUCCAGAGCCCAUUCGGUUCAGGACGUGUUCGGCAAGAGGUCGACGGAGCUGCGACCGUGGCCGAAGGGUGGCCCUCAGGAGGGCGAGGCGGGGGGAGGGGCCUCCCCUGCAGUUCCUCAGACCGCCUAUCAAGACCCGCACGUUACUAUAAACAACAACAACAACAAUAGCAACAACAGCAACAACAACAUCAACAAUAACGACAACAACGGCAAUAUCGUUGCUGCUGCUGCCGGUCCCUUUCAUGGCGAUUCCGGCGACAACGGCAAUAUCAUUGCUGCUGCUGCCGGUCCCUUUGAUGGCGACUCUGGCGAGAUUGGCGGCAUCAUCAGUCAUGACAACACCAACAACAACAACACCGGCAGCGUUGUUGUCGGUGUGAUCUCACGGUCAUGUGUUGAUGAAAGAGGCAGUAACAACAACAAUAGCAACAACAACAACAAUAACAAUGACAACAACAACAGCAACAACGUCAACAACAACAACAACGGUAUCGCAGAGGCCGCCAGUUUUGGUAACGGUGAUUUUGACACUGGCGAGAUCGGCGGUACCAUCAGCUACAACAAUACUGAUGACGGCAAUGACAAUAAUAACAGCAAUUACAACAAUAACAGCAACGACCGAAUCAUCGACAGGGCGACUGGCGAAAUCGACAUCAACAAUAACGCGCAUCCGGACACGUCAGCAGCAGAGGGCCACCUUAGCAGUGACACGUCAGCAGAGUGCCACCUCAGCAGUGACACGUCAGCAGAGUGCCACCUCAGCAGGACAUGUCAGCAGAGUGCCACCUCAGCAGUGACACAUCAGCAGAGUGCCUCCUCAGCAGUGACACAUCAGCAGAAGUGCCACCUCAGCAGUGACACGUCAGCAGUGCCACCUCAGCAGGCACCACCUCAGCAGCGACAUACCUUGAUGCGCCGCAGCCAACGACUGGCCGAGCGCGGAUCCGCAGGAGCCAAGCCUCAACAGGAACUUAGCACCCCUCGGAUUCCGCGCAGGCCACGCACGACCAUGGCCGCUACCUCUGACAACAGUGCACCAGCUAGCCCCAAGAGGCCGGUUACCCCUCCUCUCCCAGUUCAGCAGGCCGAUGAACCGCCUCUAGCGUUCCUCGACCGUCUCCAGCAGUAUUCGGAGACGACGGCAGCUGAACUACGCAAGUGGGAAGAAGAGGAAGCCGCCCGCCAGCAGGAAAUACAAUGCCAGCAGGCAGAGGCAGCAGCAGCACGUCAGCGGGCCRCAGCAGAAGCUGCAGCAGCCGCACGGUUGCAACAGCAGCAGCUCGAAGCAGAUCAGAACCAGGCUCAUUACCAAGCCACGAUGGACCUUGCUCGCGACGAAGUCACAUAUGUCAGGCUACUUCGACAACAGCAUUUCCAAGAGACCGAAGAACAAGCCCGGCCAACCGAGGAAGAAAGAGACAAGGAAGGGACAGCAGUACUAAUGGAGACUCUGCUGUACACGUGCAAUUGGCAGCAAUGUGAACUGCUCGCCACGCGGCAGGUCCUCAUCCGCCAUGAAACAACACUCAAGGCAAUGGCCAAGAGGAUCGCGUCCCUGAAGGCCGAGAACAGCACACUACAUGCCGCCAACAGCCAGCAGCAGACACUCAACCACCAGCUGCAGGCAGAUGUCAGCAAGGGGUUGGCACAGCUGUCAGCAGCUGCGUCAACGGGCAGUGCAGCAGUAGACUGCAGCCCAGCUUUGGCCACACAGGCAAAGCAAUUGGAGGAGCGGGUCAAUCAUUUAGUCGCAUCCCUGGGCGACAUCAGCAAGUUUGCAAGAGCCUCUACAGUCAGCAAUCAGCUGCAGACGCUCAACGACCGCGUUGACCAACGUCUGGUCGUCGUCGCAAAGGAAUGGAAGAUGCCGAACUUCAAGGUCGAGAAGUUCGACGACUAUCACAUGACCGAUCCGCUGCAAUGGUGGCUAACAUUCAACGCAGAGGCGGACGUGCAUCACACUCCACCACUGCGACGGCUUGACGCUCUCUACCUCCAACUCAUUGGAGGAGAGCAGGUUUUCAUGACGCAUAUGGCAGUCACAUUGGAAUGCACCAUCGCCACCCUCCACACCAAGAUCACGUGGGAGGAAUUCAACGACAAGCAUCACGCCAUGAACAAGAUCUUCCGCAUCUACCAAGGCCAGCAAACAUCACCGGAAUGGCUGACGGAGUGGCAAAGACUCGUCGCCACCCCGGAGUUGGGCUUACCAUUCGACGCAAUUCGGGCUGAAUUUUUCGCUUGGUCAUGCCACGCUUUGACAGCUGCGCUUGGUACGGAAUUCCAAUAUGAGACCUUUAAUGAUCUGAUCUCAAAGGCAAGAGACCUAAUUCAAGGUAACCGGCGGGCGGCUAACGAGACCCGCCAACAGCCCGGUUACGUGGAGAAAGGCAAGGGACAACGGACGCCACAAGUAGCAGCAGUCCAGCAAGGAACAAGUGAGGACCCCGCAGCCGCGUCUACAUCAAGUGACGGAGAUGUGGCGGCGGCGAUACCACCGCAACGCUCAAGACCCCGAGGGGGAAAACAAAAAGGCGAAACCAGCGUCGGCGGAUGGAGCACGACAGGCACCAUGGACGAAAUUCGGCAUUACGGAAGAAAUGUUCAAGUUGCGACAGAAAUGGUCAUGCUGUUUGUGGUGCAACAACACCAAACACAUCACCAGUGCCUGCCUCGACAAGGACAAGAAAAAUGUCAAGCGUUCGGGCUCGGGAAACUGAGCACCGCGGGAAGUGCAGUGACAACAUUUCCCAGUCCGCCGGAGUCGGCUGCCUUGCUAGCAGCCUCUCUCACAUUCGGGGACAUCGCGGUAGUCGCAAGUUCUCGCGUUGAGUUCAAGAACUAUGCUUUCGAGCUGGUCCCACCGUUGAACCAGCCUCUCCACGUGCAAGAUUCAAGCGUAUGCGCGACAGUUCCGCCGUCGGACAACGAACCUGUUGCUUCGCCAGCCCUCCUAUCGGAGGAUCCGUCAACUUGGACGAGACUUGAGGAUCUCGACCCGUUGACGGUUGAGGACUUCCAAUGGUUGCCUCUUCCCUCCACCGGUUUUUUGCCAACUCCGCAUUGCAAUGCCUUGAUGGCACAUCUACGCGAAUACUUGCACGCUGCAGUACCACCUCCGUCGACGGACGGCGGAGUAGCGGUUGUUGAUCUUUGCAACUAUCUUGCGAAGAUCGACCGGGAGUACGCAACGCAACGGAAAAGUCAGCCCACGCACGUCACGUUGGCCGACGGUCACACGCAAAAGUCGAUCGACCGAUGUGUUGACUCGGUGCCCGUGUACUUUGCACCGCUAGCAUGCGAGGCCGUGUCUUUCGACAUAUUGGACACCAAGUUCGAUAUGAUCCUCGGCAUGUCGUGGAUGCAAAGCGAAGACCACCCGGUGAACUUCCAUCGCCGCACCGUUCACGUUCGUGAUCGGCAUGGCGAACUAGUCCCGUGUACGGUGCCGCUUCCUCAUCCUUCGAUUGGUUGUCAUGUGGUAUCCGCGGCGAGCAUUCACCAAUCCAUCCGGCGGAACGACAUCGAGGAGAUGGGCAUAUGUUUUCUUCACGCCCUCCCACCCGGUAAUCAGCCCAAGACGGAUACGUCGGACCCACGCAUCAUUGAGUUGUUGGACAGCUAUGUGGAUGUCUUUCAAGCUCCCGCCGGAGUCAUACCGGAUCAGCCCAUACGCCAUGGGAUCACUCUCGAGGACGGCACUGUACCUCCGUGCGGAUGUAUCUACCGCAUGAGCGAAGAGGAACUUCAAGUGCUUCAGGCACAACUAGAGGACCGUAUCUGCCGGAAAGAGUGGCAUAACUCAGUGCCAGAAAGAAGCUUCCAACAGCGGUUAAACGCGGUUGGAUCAAUCACUUCUUGAACACGAGAUAACUGCAAUUGCCGGAAAGACUGGCACAAUUCAAACUCAGGAAGAGGCUAGCGACAACAGAUAACUGUGGACGGGCAAAACACCUCCUGAUCAGACUUCCACAGGAGAUUGACAAGCCUAAACUACUACAACUAUGAAUGAAUAACAUGGAGAUGG